CAAACCAGGACUAUGCCAGAAAUGGAGAAAGGGAGACCACCGGAAAAUAAACGCAGCAGGAAACCCGCGCAUCCCGUAAAGAGGGAGAUAAACCAGGAGAUGAAGACGUUUGCAGAAAGCACCAUGAAUGAACUCCUGGGAUGGUACGGCUAUGACAAGGUAGAUCUAAGAGAAUCUGAGGCCAACGAGAUCAGAAACUACAGAGAAAGGCGUCAGCAUGUGUCAGUGCUAAAAGAAAACUCAUUGCCAAAACCUAAGAGCCUGGACACCAAAGUCAGUCACUCAGUCCUGGCUAUGAAGAGUGGAGCGAGAGAGUCCUCUAGUGUCCCCUCCUCUUCACCCUCCUCCUCCUCAACAUGUUCAUCCCUGACCACCCCCAAGGAGCACAAGAGUGCACCUGUCAUCGUCCCCCUCAUAAAGCCAUCAGCAGUGGAGGAUGUACAGAAUGUGCAGAUAGUGUGUGUUUGGUGCCAGAAGGAAGGUGUAAAACGCUAUUCACUAUGUAUGGGAUCAGAGCUCAAGAGCUUCUGCAGUGAGAAGUGUUUUGCUGCCUGCAGACGGGCCUACUUCAAACGCAAUAAGGCCAGAGAUGAAGACCUCCAUGGUGAGAGAUCCCCCCAGCACCCCCAUACAGAGGACUCGCCCAGACUGGUUUUGAAGAUAAACAGCAAUGUUAGAUCUCUCUCCCCUGUGCCACAGGUAUGUGAUUGGUGCAAACAUGUCCGCCACACUAAAGAAUACUUGGACUUCGGAUCUGGUGAAGAGAGGCUCCAGUUCUGCAGCACUAAGUGUCUUAAUCAAUACAAGAUGGAUGUUUUCUACAGAGAAGCCCGUGCAGCUCUCACCAGCUCCAGUCCAGGCAGAACCAGUCAGGAGGGGAGGCCGGAGACCAGUGUGGCAGGGCAAAAGCUACUCACCCCAGAGUCUUGGAACAGCAGCACUAGUACAGGAGAAGCUCGUCACAGAAAUCUUUCCCCUAAAGGCCCUACGCCAAUCCAUGGAUCAGCAGAAUCCACCUCCAUCUCCCCUUCAGAGGCAUCAUCUUCUUCCUCUUCUAAGGUCACUGUCUCUGGGCUAAGGACCCUUGAUAGGCCCAUCCAGCCACCUCUGCCUCCAUCUGCUGUAGAGGUGUCAUCUCACACUGUUCCUAUUCAUCCUCCUCCUCCACGCCCCCCUUUGGAACAUCAGCCAGUACCUCAAAUCCACAUGCCCUUCAUCAGACCUCCUCUUCAUGCUCAGGGCCUCAGAAGUCCCCUUGCCCACCCUCCCAGACACCCAGGUCCCCCUUCUAGCCCUAUCCACAGACCUCCUCACUCUCCUCACCUGCAGCCCCCCACCUCCUCCUCCAUGAAUCCCCCGGGACUGAUGCAUCCUUUCCCAGGAGCCUACUUCCCUGGCUUGCAUUCCCCUCCCCUUAACAUGAUGCCGAGAGGCCCUGUCCCAAUGCCUCCUAUGAUGAACUUUGGUAUUCCUUCCUUUAGCCCGCUCUUGCCCCAGCCCACUGUCCUGGUGCCUUAUCCCAUUAUUGUUCCCCUGCCUGUCCCCAUACCCAUUCCUAUCCCCAUUCCAGUCCCCUCUAAGGCAAACCUAGAAACCCCAGCUCACAGUGGAGUUAUACAGCCUGUGCCAGAGGGGGCAGACAGGGGUAGAUCCAUAGCUACCAGGCCUCCAUCUCCAGGGAUCCAUGAAGCCAACAAAUUCAGUGGAACUCAGGGUCUCCCCUCACCCAGUGACCCCAGUGCCAGGGACACAGAUUGGGUUAAAUCAGAGAGGCCGUUCCCAUCACCAACAUCCACACCCCACAGUGGAGCAUCCUCCCCCAGGGAACAGUACAACGCAUCUCCCUGCUCAGCCCCAGGGUUUGAUGGGCCGACAGACUAUAAACAGCAGCAGCAGUCAGAACGACAAGUCAUACAAAGGGUACUUCAAAGGACCCAAGUGAAGCUGGAGCCCAGUGCCAAUGCAGUUGUGGACGUUUCAGGGCACAGGUCAUCAGGAAUUGGGCAGGGUACCAGAUCAGGGUUCAGUGACAUCAUCAGACCCACCCCUCCUCUACCACAGUCCCCUUCUCAUGACACUGUAUACCACCAUCAGGACUCCCACACUCCACUGUCACAUACCCCACCAAGCCCUCCAGGGAGCAACAAUCCAUAUGAUACCACGUCUUCUGCCCUGAAACCUCAGGACCAUGGUCCAAAUGGAAUGUCCUCAUCAUCCACUCCUGCCAGUCCAGACUCCCCCCUACCCCAGAGAGUACCAGCACCACCACCUGACCCUGCACUCAGUGAGCUGGAGGCUAUCAAAGAGAACAAGUGCUCUAUUGUUGGCCCAGUACGGGUGGAGGGUCCAAUCAGUCCGACCGCAGAGCCCUUAGCAGUGGUUGGGGAGGUAGGAGAGGACCCCCAUGUUCCUGAUGAGGACCAUGCCUAUGCUCUGCCCACAGCGCCAAAGACAGGUGGGACCACCACCCCGCUGCUCUUGCCCAAACUCAGGGACAAGGGUAGCCUGCGGAGCCCUGCUAAUACGCCCAGUGCUGGAGACAUGGAGCCAGCUCUGAAGAGGAGAUGCCUACGAAUCCGCGAUCAGAAUAAGUAGAGGACGGAGGCUCCCUGUUUAACACUGUAUGGCGGUGCCAGAUUCAGUGCCACGCCCUCUUGUGGACAACACCAGUGCUAACACCCUCCAGCUUGUCCUUCAGCCUGUCAGCCCACCAGAGUGUUGCUCUGCCUGUAGACCAGCAGGGUGCCAACCCAGGAAGCAGUCCAGAUGGCCAUAUUAUCACAAGUCAACAUGGGGGAAGAACACACAACACAGUCACACAUUUUGUCUUGGACCAAAGAGUAUUGCUGGCUUGUGUGUUAUGUUGUGUUCAGUGAGCGCUUGAUAUGGAGCAUCUCAGAUCUUCUCCCUGUCUGACAUUAACCUAAAGUGUGUGUGUGUGUGUGUGUAUGUGUGGCUGCCCAGAUGCACUCCUCCUCCUCCACCUCCUCCUCCUCUCCUUGCUCCACACAGCAGACAGGGCUCUGAUCAGCCUUGUGUGGUCUUCUCAGAUGGAGCCUGAACAUGAUCUCUUUCCAGGGGAAACGGUUUGUUUUCUCUGCCCGGCUUGCACAAAGAGCCACAUUGUUCCUCUCCCCAUAUCCCACGCUGACUCCCCACUCCAGGUUUUGGGUUACCUGGCCGACGGGGGCUCAGACUUCAGGAGCGUUUUUAUUUUUUUGACCGACAGCCAGGAAUAUAGUAUACCCUUCUCCCCACCUCUCUGCCCAAUCUAAAUACGGUACACAGGAACACACCAGUUCUGAGGUUUGAUUCCUCACAAUUGAUUGCCUGUGAUUCCCUACUCUGCCCUCCUGCCUUUCAAUUCCCCUCAAGGGGAGCAGGGACAUUAUGCAGAGAUGAAAAGUUGAUCCUUGGGCAGUCUAUACAUUGUGAGGAGAGAGUCUUGCUGGGUUGACCAGUAUAAAACAAUCUCUUAGAGAGAGAAGAUGCGACCUCUGCCUCUUGUAAAACAAUGGCAUAGAAUAUAAGAGGGGAUGCCUACUGAUAAACAGUAGCUGAGAUGGUCUGUAAACACUUAAGUCGUCCUGAUGACACUGGUCCAUAACUGUGUGAUUUACAGACCCUCCAUCAACAUUCAUCUUAUCUAAUCUGAUAGCAAAUCAGAAUUUGAAUUAGUUUAAACGCAAAAUGUGCUGUUCAUGUUCAUGGCAGUUUAAAAUCCUGAAUAUUGAUGGCACUCAGCAGUUUAACUAAUCCUGUUGUUUCUGUUAUGUUACUGGCUCUGACGAGAUGAUACUAGAAAACAGGCUUGUAAUAUUACCAAAUGUGGUAUUAUACUCAACCAUCAAAUGCUGUAGUAUGCAGCGAUCAGUAUUACAGUUCCCUCUAUUGGGAAUACUUAAUGAUAUUUGAUCCAACUAGAUCACUUAGAAGCUUUGUCAACACUUGUCCCAUUGUACGGUUUAAUUUUUUCUUUUUGAACUCUACACAGAUACUAUUUGAUGUUAUAUUAACUUAUGGAUGACACAUCUGU